AAAAUGGCUGUUGUAUAGUGAUAAGAGCUGCGAACUUACGAAAAGAUGUAUUGUGCAUCUGUAUCUUGUAUUUUUUAGAAAAUAUCAAUAGAACCACAGGAAUAUCGUUUUGUCAUUUAAUUUUGUCGUAGUGUAACAAGAUAAGAUGGCUUUAUGGGCUAAGGCGCAGCAAUUGCCGGCGGAUAGCCCACAUUUGCAACAAAUCAGGGCUAUUUACGGAGAUCAUUUCCCUAUAGAAGUCAGGCACUAUCUGGCGCAGUCUAUAGAAGACAAGUUCUGGUCAGAGAUUGAUCAUGUGCCAGAUAAUCCUCAUUAUGAACAGUAUGUUGCGAAUUUGGUAAAUGGUUUCAUACAAGAAAUAGAAAGCAAAGCUGAGGUGGUCUCAGAUUCAACAGAGUUUUUUUUGACAAAACUCAAGCUGGCUGAAACUGCCAAAAUGUUUAAACUGAGGUAUAGUUCGAACCCCAUGCAGCUGUUUAAUUAUAUUCGCCAGUGUUUGGCUAUGGAGAUUAAAUUCUUGCAACAGUCAGGUGCUGAGUUUCUGGGUGGAGGUCCGGCAUUGGCAAUAUCACAUACUGCUGCUGAAGUUCUAAAUAGAUUAGACAUGUUAAGGCGCAAUACUCAACAUACGUCUGAAACAACAAGAAAAUUGGAACAAGACCAGGAAGCUUUUGCUUUGCAAUAUCAUGAGUGCACAAAAUUAAAUGCAAACAUAAAUUCAAUGAACCAAGGCCAGCAAACACCCCAAACUCAGAUGACUCUUCAAUCAUAUGUGAAAAGAAAGGACAUGCUGGAGGCAGAGUUGAAUCGAAAGGUUGCUCACUUGAUGGAAAUCCGAUUGGCUCUAACAGAAAAAUUGAAAGAAAAUUACCAACUCUUGAACACUUUACAGACUCAUAUACUAGAUGAAGAGUUAAUCAGAUGGAAAAGAGACCAACAGUUAGCCGGUAAUGGGGUGCCUUUUACCAGCAAUUUAGAUCAGAUACAGGACUGGUGCGAAAGUUUGGCGGAAAUCAUGUGGCUGAAUAGGCAGCAAAUCAAGGAGGUUGAAAGAUUAAAGUUGAAACUUCCUUUGGACCCACCUGGUGUAGUUGAUGUAUUACCACAGCUGCUGGCUGAAAUCACUCAACUACUGUCAACCUUAGUAACCACAACUUUUAUCAUAGAGAAACAACCUCCUCAAGUGAUGAAGACCAAUACCAGAUUUACCGCUACAGUUCGUCUCUUGGUGGGUGGUAAAUUAAAUGUUCACAUGUCUCCACCUCAAGUCAAAGUAACGAUAAUUUCCGAAUCCCAAGCAAACAUGCUGCUCAAAAACGACAACAAGCUGAUAAAGGGCGGCGAGAGCUCAGGGGAGAUAUUAAACAACACUGGUACUAUGGAAUACCAGCAGACCACAAGGCAAUUGUCGGUCAGUUUCAGGAACAUGCAGCUGAAGAAGAUAAAAAGGGCCGAAAAGAAAGGCACCGAGAGUGUCAUGGACGAGAAGUUUUCUUUAUUUUUUCAAUCGCAGUUCAGUAUUGGUGGUGGAGAACUUAUGUUUCAGGUAUGGACACUGAGUUUACCGGUGGUUGUUAUAGUCCACGGUAACCAAGAGCCCCAUGCGUGGGCAACAGUGACAUGGGACAAUGCGUUCAGCGAACCAGAAAGAUGUCCUUUUGCAGUACCAGAUAAAGUGCCGUGGAGUAAAAUGAAAGAAACCCUCUCGCAAAAGUUCAAGUGGGCGACCGGUCGCGGACUGACGGAAGAUAACCUUAGAUUUCUAGCAGAAAAGGCUUUCAGGGGCAACUACAACGAAUCCACCAACUGCAUGUUAAGCUGGGCCCAGUUUUGUAAAGAACCUCUCAGCGAACGGAACUUUACAUUCUGGGAAUGGUUCUUUGCCAUAAUGAAGCUGACCAGGGAGCAUUUGAGAGGACCGUGGGUUGACGGUGCAAUUAUGGGUUUCAUUCGGAAAAGACAAGCGGAAGACAUGUUGGCUUCCAGACCUGCUGGAACUUUCUUGUUACGGUUUUCCGAUAGCGAGCUGGGCGGAAUAACUAUUGCAUGGGUAUCAGAAACCCAAGAGGUGUUUAGUCUUCAACCAUUUACUUCGAAAGAUUUCCAAAUCCGUUCACUCGCGGAUCGGAUUUCCGAUCUGAACCACUUGGUGACCCUUUACCCUGAUAUCGCCAAAGAAGUGCACUUUCAGAAGUACUACACACCAUAUCAAGAUAAUCCACCGCCAAUCAAUGGGUAUGUUCGACCAGUGCUCGUGACACAGGUGCCAGGCUUCGCAGGAAACUCUUUCAACAACACACCGCAGCAUACAUUUUUGCAAUCGCCCGAUCCAUCCAGGGAUACCCCCUCCGUUUGCAGUACUACUUACCCCUCAUCGGUAGCCACCACUGUAACAGCGCCUGGUUUCCAUAUGGACUACAACUUUGAACUGGACGACUCGAAUUAUCCAAGCUUCGACUUGGGCCUGGGAGACCUGAUGCCCAAUAGCUACAACAAGCAAUAGGCUUUGCUUAAUAAGAACUAUUUUCAUAUUGCCAUAAUGAGAGGAUGGAGUGUUGGAGGCUUUUAUGCCUCUCUAAGACAUUUUGAUCGGCUUUUAAUUUUUGCUAUCAAUCAAUAGGGAAUGUGAUAAAUUUGAGGCUAAGGUAAGGUGUUGCCAUAAAUCUAUAUUCUUUUAAGUUAGGAUUGGUAAAUCAAUCACUUGCUCAAAGUAGCAGCCAUUAUAUGUCAAAAUGACAUAUUUCAAGUAAUUCUUGAAUGCCGAUUACUGUCUUAAAAUUUGUUAAUAGUAUAAAUGGAAAGUAUUUUGAUCAGACAUCUACUGAAAAAUAAAAUGCAAUAAUUGCAUAAAUGCCUGUUCUGUCUCUGUUUUAUAGAAUGUUAUGUUGUAUUUGCUAUCGUUUUUAUAGCAUUUUGAAACAUUUAUGACCUUUCUUCCGCUGUUUCUAUCUUUUUUGAAUUCUUAUUUUAACAUACAACACGCUGUAGCGCGAAAAGAUGUUAAACUUAAAUUCUUAUAUUAUUUUCGUCCAUUUUGCCUUCAAAUAAUUAAAGUGGUAAUUAGUUUACUGUCGCAAAGUGUACAAAAUAAUUCAAACCUUGGGACUAAAUUGUUCUUUUUUUUUUUUGAAAACUUCUAGGACUCUUAAACAGCUAGGUUACCCCUUUAUUUGAUAAUUACGAUAUGCUGUUCGUCCUUGUAGGGUACAUGUAGGUUCAAGAGUGCGAGUACAAAUUUUUGUUCAUGCUAUACAUUAUUACAUACUGUUAAAGUUUUUGUAGAGUUUAGUUUUGUGCAAUCAUCUUGACUAUUUUUGUAUAUACUUAUACUGUAUUAUUAUGGUGCUUUAUUAAUAUUUUAUGUGGCAUAUUUUUAUAACGUAUACCAAGGGUUUUGUAAGUUAUAAAAAUUUACCCUUUGUGUCAGUGUUUUCUUGUAUUGUGCUAGUUUCAAAACGUCGCAGAAUACAUAAAGAGUAAAUUUUUAUAAUUAUAUAUGUGAUAAAAGAGUCGACAGAUGUUCAUAUCAAUAUUUCAAUAUGUAUUUUCUGGACACCAGUAUGCACAGUUGUUAAGUAAAUUUUUUUAGACAAUUGUUUAAAUCAUAUAUAUAGAAGUGAAAUGUUGUAACAAUGAAAUUCAAUUAAAUGUUUAUACACCUGCAUUGAAUAAAUAAUAAAAUAUUCAUUACCCAACUAAAUUUUCCGAU